AUGCUUCUUGCUGCUAUCUUCGUUUGUGCUAUCGUUACAUUCAUCAUUCCUAUCGUUCAAUUAUCAAUUGGCUUUCAUUAUGUUGUACAGGAUGGUCAAAAUUCAAAUGAUCCGUGUUCGGCUGCACCCGAUCUUCCUUUACUCAUGGGCAUUGGUGGAAUUUUUACAUUAUUCUUCUUAGGUAUUGCUUAUCAUUUCCUGAAAAUGCUCACUUCAUUAAAUCAGCAACAGAGUGACAUAGCCGGCAAAAUGUCUCGGCUACUUGUUGGUAUUAUAAGCUUUACAUUCGGUUCGAUUACAAUCAUAUUUUUCUUUCUUAUUCAAAAACGAGUUUAUCAAGUUUAUUCGGACAAUAAUCGUGUAAAUUUGGAAUCGACAGGAUAUGCGUGUCGAGAGAUCGUUCUGCGUGGCGCGUUGGUUUUGAUUAUUUUAACUUAUGUUAGUAUUUUCCUGUUUGUUAGUAUUUAUGUACUCGGUUUCAUUCGCCUUUUUCAUCAACGGAGAAAAAGACAUCGAGGAGAGUUAGAAAUGAGACCUAAGCUUGAAAAUACAAGAUUUUGA